AUGACGCUGGCGGCGCUGCGCACCCUGCAUGCCGUGCACGCCCCUAUGGACGCGGCCGACCCGUUUGGGGACACCCCCAGGAGGCUGGCGCAGAUCUACGGGCACACCGAGUGCGUCAGAUUCCUGGAGAUAGCAGAGGUGGAGAGCAGAAGCUACCGCCAGACAGCCGCGAUGAGGGGAAUGCCUUUGGACCAGGUGGAUGAAGACUGGGAACUCAAGAAGGAGGAGCUGGAAAGAAACCCACCGUGUGCCCAGCACAGCUAUGCAACCUCCGCUCAGAAGAAGAUGCAGAGGAAGAGAAGGAAGCAGUAGUGUCACUGUGUGUUUGGGGCUGCUGAGAACUCACAGUGCGGAGCAGAGGCACUGGAGCAUCUCAGGGGGAACCCGGGUGGGCAGCAGCAGAGAUGGCUGCCAGGAUGAGCCUCUGUGAUGUGCUGCACAUGCUGUUGUGCUCAGGGGGUGGGUAGGAGUGCUUCUGCCUGCCCGCCUAGUUGUCUGUAUGCAUCGGGUCUCAAACAUCAGAAUACUGCAGAAGGUGUUUAAAUAUACAAGUGCUGUAAUUCACUCAACUGUAUACAAAUGUAUAGAAAUGAAAUUCGCAGCACUCACCCAUAUUGCACGGGAGUGAAAUCCUUUUGUUCCCGACUGGCUCAGGGACAUCACUGUGGUGAUGCCAGUGCCCUUUCUGUGUUUGCUUCCAGCCCUGAAUCACCUGGGGGCUUUGGGGACUCAUAGCCCCACUGCUGCCUCUCUUUUCCCUGCGGUGGGACAGAGCUGCUCCUGCUGAGGGGUGAUGUGACACAGCUUAGUGGGAGCAAGGAGCAUAGUGGGGCCUUUUGUGAAAGCAUUUGGGAUCAUUGUGUUAAAGCAGCAACUACAGGGACACCAGCAGGGGAGGAAGGGAGGUAUGGUGCCUGUUCUGUGAGGGCCAUGCAGCAGCAAGAGGGGUCCAGAUGGCACUAAGAUCUGCUUCUGUCAGGAACAUGUGGGUGGUGCAUAGCAUGUUCCAUUGACAGGGUGGGAUCCAGCAGAGUUUGGCAGCUCGUCUGGACCUGAUCUGGUCAAAGCCGUGAACGACUCAGGUUCUGCUCUGUGCCUGAUCUGUUUGCUGUGUAGCCAGCUGUGCUGGUUGCAUGGCUGCCGGCAGAUUCCUGCUCUACUCUCUCCCAAUGCCACCUCAUUGCAGCCUGGGGGAAAAAAUGGGAUGGAAGAGCUCCUGGGUUGAGACAACAGCAGGGAGAUCAACUGCCAUCACUCAUUAAAAAUGUUGAGCUUGGAAAA